AUGAAAGAAAAAUCCAAAAAUGCAGCUCGGACUAGGCGGGAGAAAGAAAACAGUGAGUUUUAUGAACUGGCUAAAUUACUGCCCCUGCCCUCUGCCAUCACCUCUCAGCUGGACAAAGCCUCAAUAAUCAGACUGACAACAAGCUAUUUAAAAAUGAGAGUGGUCUUUCCUGAAGGGCUUGGAGAAGCCUGGGGACAUUCCACUCGAGCCAGCGCCUUGGAUAACGUUGGGAGGGAGCUGGGUUCUCAUCUCUUACAGACUCUAGAUGGUUUUAUCUUUGUGGUUGCACCUGAUGGGAAAAUUAUGUAUAUCUCUGAAACAGCUUCAGUCCAUCUCGGCUUAUCACAGGUAGAAUUGACCGGAAAUAGCAUUUAUGAAUACAUACACCCUGCUGAUCACGAUGAGAUGACCGCAGUGCUCACAGCCCAUCAGCCUUACCAUUCGCACUUUGUCCAGGAAUAUGAAAUUGAGCGCUCAUUUUUCCUGAGGAUGAAAUGUGUAUUGGCAAAGAGGAACGCAGGUCUGACUUGUGGUGGCUAUAAGGUGAUACAUUGCAGUGGGUAUCUGAAGAUCAGGCAGUACAGUCUGGAUAUGUCACCCUUUGAUGGCUGCUACCAGAAUGUAGGAUUAGUGGCUGUUGGCCACUCUCUCCCACCCAGUGCAGUGACUGAAAUCAAACUUCACAGCAAUAUGUUCAUGUUCAGAGCUAGUUUGGAUAUGAAGCUCAUAUUUCUUGAUUCCAGGGUGGCUGAAUUAACAGGAUAUGAACCUCAAGAUCUGAUAGAAAAAACCUUGUAUCACCAUGUCCACGGUUGUGACACUUUCCACCUGCGAUGUGCCCACCACUUGUUGCUGGUGAAAGGACAGGUCACCACCAAAUACUACCGUUUCCUGGCCAAGCAGGGAGGCUGGGUGUGGGUACAGAGCUAUGCCACUAUAGUUCACAACAGCAGAUCCUCCAGACCUCACUGCAUUGUCAGCGUCAAUUAUGUGCUCACGGACACAGAAUAUAAAGGAUUACAACUUUCUCUGGAUCAAGUAACAACAAAGCCUUCAUUCUCUUAUGCAAACUCUAAUUCAACCAUUAGUGAGGCAAGGAAGGGUAGUAAAUCUCGUCUCUCCAGCACUAAAUCUAAAGCCAGAACGUCGCCAUACCCAAAGUAUUCUGGAUUUCACACUGAGAGAUCAGAGUCAGAUCAUGAAAGUCAAUGGGGUGGAAGCCCUCUUACAGACACUGCUUCACCUCAACUUCUAGAUCCUAUAGAAAGACCAAGUUCCCAGCAACAUGAUGCUUCCUGUGCAUAUAGACAAUAUCCUGACAGGAGUGCACUUUGCUUCGGAUUUGCACUUGAGCAUUCAAGGUUAAAUGAUGAUAGACAUCACCAUAGCCAAGCCUGUGAAGGAGGAAGAUGUGAGGCUGGUAGAUAUUUUCUUGGAAGUCCACAAACUGGGAGAGAAGCAUGGUGGGGUUCUAGAUCCACUCUUCCAUUGCCAAAGUCAUCUCCAGAAAGCAGAGAUGGGUAUGAAAACAGCAUGCCACAUAUUACUUCUGUUCACAGGAUACAAGGGAGAAGCCACUGGGAGGAAGACAGUGUUGUGAGUUCACCUGAUCCUGGUUCAGCAAGUGAAUCUGGGGAACGGUUUCACACAGAGCAAUAUCAAAACAGUCAUCAUGAGCCAAGCAAGAUAGAAACUCUCAUAAGGGCCACACAACAAAUGAUCAAAGAAGAGGAAAAUAGAUUACAACUGCGUAAAUCCAGUCCUGACCAACUUAGCACAGUAAAUGGAACUGGGAAAAGAAACUCAAUUUGUUUUUCCAACUAUCAACAGCCUCAAUUGACUGGUGUUGUGUGCCGUGGCCCUUCACUUAGCAACAAUUCUCCAUGUGACCACAUUCAACAAAGAGAUGGAAAGAUCUUGAGCCCACGUGAUAAUGAAUAUGAAAACAGUCCUACUACCUUGUCCAGAAUGAGUAGCCCUAAUUCUGAUAGAAUUUCAAAAACAGGUGUAACUAUAGCAAAAGAUUAUUUACAUGUAAAUGUGUCCCCUCAGCAAACAGUGGACAAUUCUGCAUCACCAAACUAUUACAGUUCUCACAGGCAGUAUUUUGAUAAGCAUGCUUACACGUUUACGGGGUACGCUUUCGAGCACUUGUAUGACCCUGAAUCAAUAAGGAACUAUUCAUUAAGCUGUAACGGACCACAUUUUGAUGUAACCUCUCACUUACGAAUGCAACAGGAUCCCACCCAAGUCCACAAGGGCACAUCAGUUAUUAUUACAAAUGGAAGUUGA